AACCACAGCCGCAUUCGCUCGGCAGGUGGUCGGGCUCUCGCUGACGGUGGUGAUGCUGCUGAGCUGGCGGAGCUGUUUGGUAGCUAGCCAGCAACGAGCACCACAUAAAUUCUCACUUUUGUUGUGUUUGUCAUUGGCGCUAGCUUGUGUUAUUUAGCAGCGGAUAAACACAACAUGUUAGUGUAGCUGUUGUUGUGACUCAGCUGCAGAACCCGCACAGGAGCAGCAAACAGCGGGCAGUGAUGCUAACCAGCGGCGGGGAACUCGCUAACACUCCAGCUAUCGCUCAGCAUUUUUACCCAUAACAUCAGUAUUUACUAGUUGUCAUGUUACUUACCACCAGGCAGAAAUAACCGACGCCUCCACUAGACCACAUCAGCUGAACAACAUGACUCAUACACAGUGAGCUAACGGGUAGAUUGGCUAAGUUAGCCUGCGGUUAGCGGCUAAUUUAGCUGGGGAUGCUAGUGUGCAGCUGAGCUGAUGUGUGCCCCAUGGAGCUGAAGUGUUGCUCGGCUUGCCAAACAUGAGGGGCCGUCUGAGCUGGGUUUUUGUGCCUCUGUCAGCAGGAGGCAGAACAUGGAAGCCGAGGAAGAGUGGAACAAAGACUUCAGUGCACAAAAACUCCUGGAUAAAAAGGUGCUCUGCAAGCGGAAUGGCAAGAUCGGUAUAUUGAGAACUCUGCUAAAAACCCAGAACACUCUACAAAUCCAGUCCAUCACCCGGUCAGAAUGUGCUGGCUCCUGUCCAAAUUUGAUGAUGAAUAGAAGCGACCAGGCAGAUGCUCGGCCCGUCCCCGUGGCCCUCACCCCCCAGCUCCCUCCCAGAGCCCACCGGCCCCUCUGCAUGUCGGUCUCCUCCGACAGCAGUGGACGCUUCAAAGCUCUGGAGACGCAGGAGUGGAAGAACAACCUCAAAGCGCAGAUGGAGCAGGCCCACAGUGCAGGAGCCGCCAGCAGCACUGGCUCUUUGGAGCGUGCCUCCCUGUUCUGCGCCUCGGCCUCCACCACAGCGUCCAGCUCUGGCCUGUCCAGCCCAGUGGAGAUGCUCAACAAGAGUAAAUCCUCCAGUCGUUUCUCUCUCUUUUCUCCACCCUGGAACAGCAGCUCAGAAUCUGACUCCAACCCUCCAUCGCGCUCUGGCUCCAAAAAGUUGCGUAACUACAGCAGGAGAGCUGCCACAGGGCCAGCUGGAGCCAGGGGACCUGAUGUACCUGAGCCCAAACCCAGCGGCCCAGAACACUUUCAGUACUCUGAACCCGUCAUCUCCAAGGUGACAGACUACAUCUUUGUUGGGAACCUGAAUGCAGCGUACAAUGGACGAACCCUUUGCCGCAACAACAUCGACAGCAUCAUCGACAUGAGCAACGUACCUGGAGAACCGGGUCCCAGCCUCAGCCUCAUACCAUGCACCUGCUCCCGUGGGGCCCGCCACAGCUGGUCCCGCCUUAAGGUGGACAUCAGUGAUGUGCCAGAUGCUCUUGGGGACGGGCCGGCACUGAAGCAGCGCUGUUUUGAGGACAUCAAUGAGUGCAUCAAUGCCUCUACUGAGAAAAGGAAGCGAGUCCUGGUUCACUGUAGGGAUGGCUUCUCCCUGGCUCCCACCUGCAUUAUCCAGUACCUCAUGGUGAAACAGAACAUGAGGCUGAUUGCCGCCUACGAGCUGCUGCGGGCCAAGUAUCCAGUCAACAUCAGGGAGUGCCACCAAAAUGUGCUGGUGAGCCUUGAGAAAGCACUGCGGCCUGGAGGCAAUGUUGAUCCAGAAUGCUUCAAACAGGCCAUCUCACGUAAAGUGGCGUGGACCUGACUCAGUUUCCCCAAAUUCUUGGCUGCUGUUCAAGGUUCUCUUUAUUCCUCCACCCCACCAUAGUAUUGGAUAUUAACCUAUUUAUGGCAUCUGUUGUUCAACUGGAUAUGUUUGUGAAAUUGAUGUAUCUCCUCUUAAUACCUGUAAAUGUGAACAGGAAAAUAGACUUCAUAUAUACUGUAUACAGCUUCUUGGUAUAGAGAUGUAAUAGUGUUGGCUGUAUAAUUGAUAUAGUCCUGCUUCAGUUCUGUGCCAUGCCGUCAUGGUGAUGUUUUAUAUCAGAGGAAUUUCUAAACGGGAGAUCUCAGGAGAUUAUUGAUGUCAUUCCAGUGCAGCAGAAGAAAUUACUCUUGACAUUAACCUGCAUCUUGUUCACGCCAGACAGUAAAAUGCAUUUUUACGAGCUGAGGUGAUUAGCAUAACAAUUGUCAUAUUAGUAAUUAAUUGUCUAAGUAUAAAAUGUCAAAAUGUCAUGUACACAAACCUCUCAAAUAUGACCAUUUAUUCUUUUAACUGCGUGAAAACUAUGCUCAGUUAAGUAAAAUGAAUUUUCAUAAAAAUUCGGGAGAGCUGCUGUUUACUCAGACAGUAGGAGGAUUAAUUCUAGAUGUUGAUAAUGACCUGGUCUGAGCCUGAAUUGAGUUUGACCCAGUUUCGUCUUCUCAAGCUUUGUGUUCAUGGAGUCCAGAAUUGUUUUUUUUACAGCAGUCCAAACACAGCCACUAUUGAUAUUUAGACAGAAUCAUGAUGCCUGGUGUGAACUGGAGUCCAUGUUGUGUGGAUGUAAACUCAGAUGUCUACUCAGAUUCAGCCAUCAUUUGGAGGUAACAAAACCAUUAUAACUUUUUUAACAAACAAUUGUGUGGCUGUACUAUUUGUCGUGGUUUGGAAAAGGUUUCUCCCACCCUUGAACCCUGUAAAAACUUAGCUGCGAUAUCUGCUGCUCACUGGAGGACCUCCAUGUUAUUCGUCACCAUUGGAUUAAUCAUCACUGACUGGACUUCUCUGAUUAAUCUGCUUCUAUCGCAAGAAGGAACUUUGCACAUGGACACAUGUUUUGAACCUAACCUGCUUCUGUUUUGUGACCUUUUUUUCUUUUUUUUUUUUGUGUUUUCUGAUGUCAUACUUGAGGGAAGAUGAAUGGCCCAACCUGUCCUCUGUGAGGAAGCUUGUAGCCCCCUUUUAUGCCACAGUUUGUUUGGUUAAAUCUCCUUGGUGGUGCUCAGACUGUGGCUUUGUGAAUUUCAACUUCAGUGUAUGCAGUGACGCUGGGUGACGUGCAUCUCUGUGGAUUAUCAGUAUUGGUGUGUCAGUGCCACUGAACUGCAAUUCAGGGUUUACACUACAAGAGAUGAUUUUGCACUACACACAGGGUUGCCCAGACAUGCAAGCUGUUGCCUUUUUAUUUUAAUGUUUUUAAUCAUUAUGUAUUUGCUUUUUUUGUGUUAUUUUGUUGUUUUGGAUGUGGGGGGGUUAUAGCUGAUUGGAUAAUUACCUAUAAGCCAGUUUACCGGUCAGCAGACUCUUGCCAAGUUUACAUAGUUAUCAGAAAUACCACAUAUUUGUUACAUUUCAAUUAAAGUUGGUUUACAUGCUCCCGUGUUACUUGACCUCAAAAAACUGAGUUUACAUCGUGUUUGAUUUCUGUAGAGCCACAAUCUAUACAAUAUGUCUGACUUUCAAUUUUAAGUACAUUUUUAGAAGUAGAAUAAUUGUAUACAAAAAUCUGUAAUAUUGUGCAAGUAAAAUAUGUAGUUCUGGCCUGUACAGCCCUGGAAAUAAAUAUUAGACCACUGACAAAGAAGUGAAAAUUUAAUAUUUGUCAUAUCUGGGCUGCAAAUGUAUAACACAUCAAAGGGUUUUGUAAAUUUCUUUGAAGUGUCUCUUGUUGAAAGACAAUUCAACAAUUUUACAAAGAAUCUAAUAUUAGAAGGACUCUUGAAUUUCUGUAGAUGGUCACUUUGCUCUACAAAUUAUUUUCAAAGCUGAAGUUGGUUAACAUUCACAGACAAUAGCAUUAAAGUUGAUGCACUGACCUGCUGUCACCUACUAAACUUAUCUGAUUUGGCACUGUCACAGUAUAUCAAAUCAGUACAAAUUUAGUCUGGACCACAUAACAGCUAUUUGACCUGCAGGCAUUAACAUAUUAAAUUUCAUAGUGAAGGUAUAGCACUGGUUUUAGAGUUGCCAAGUAGGAGGAACCCUUUUCUCCUAUUUUUUUUCAGUUUAUGCAUCUAUUUUUCAAGAUGAUAACUUCUUUUGCUUAACAUACAAAUGCCAGACUCUAUACAUAAUAUUAUUUAUACACCUUUAUUUUAACUGUUGCUUUUGAAUACUUCCAACUUAAUUUUGGAGGAUUUAUGUCAUUUCCUAUCAGCAGAAAGGAUGCCUCAAAAUACUACAUUACCCAUAAGCCACAGGAAGUGAGAAAGGCAUGCAGAAUAGGAAUUAAUAAACUUUUUCUUCCUAUAUAGUGUAAUUAACAAAGUUUUGCCUUUGAUUUGUGAAAGUGAAAGCAUCGUAUUCUGAAAAAGAAGUCAUAAAUCAUGAUUAUAGACGUUUCAACUGGGGGUAUUUUAUGCUAAUUUAAAUGAUGUGGAACCAGUGGCAAAACCCCUUGGCUUGAUUUGCAACAAGUGAGUUAAAUGGAAAUAAGGAGUUUAGGGUGUUUUAAUGAUAUUAAAUGGCAUUGUUAGGUAUUAUGUAUAAGUUUUUAACUACAGUCCCUUAAAAGUCUGAACUAAAUUAUUAAGUCUUACGUUCUGUGCCAGUUAAUACAAACUUUUCAGGUUAGCAUGUAGCUAAAAAUUAUUACACCACUUUUAGCUAAUCAGUAAAAUCAUGUACAUGAAAAUGAAUCCUGUCAUAAUCUGCA